AGUUCUCUCCCUUGAUUGCCGACCUUGACCCGACACUCUGAAAUCAUCUGAUGCAAGCGGUGUGUGCGGCUAAUAACACCGAUAGCAUUUCAUUCGUGAUAUAUGGCAAAAUAACAGCAUAAAGUUCACCACAUACAUUCAAAGAGUCAAGAAGAUUUGAAGGAUCAACUUAAAGACAAAAUGGCUGAAGAUGAAUCGCUGAUGCUCGACUUAAAAAAGAAAAAGAAGAAGAAGAGGGUUCCCUUUGAUAUCGACAGUGCUGAAGCAACUGAUGGCUCACCUUCCCAGCCAGACAGCACACCCGAAACACAAGAGGAACCAGAGAAACCAGAAAAGGCAGAUAAAAUAGAUGAUGACAUGUCCUUCGACUUCACAAAUACAAAGAAAAAGAAGAAAAAGAAGAAGGCGUUUGACAUGGAUGAUAUGGCAGAAGCUUUGCCUGAGUCAACUGACAACACAGAAGCCCCGGCGUCCCAAGAUACACAGGAUUCUGGGACUACAGACAAUAUGACAGGCGAUCUAAAUCUUGACCUCCCACAAAAAAAGAAAAAGAAGAAGAAGAAGAAUGUUGACUUCGAAGCGAUUGAGGAACCGGAAGAACCAGAAGAUGAUGAUACUACAGAUGGUAAGGACGAUCGAGUGUCUGGAAACAUUCCAGAGGGAAAAUCCUGGUUGGGCUCGGAUAGAGAUUAUACAUACGAUGAGUUAUUAUCCCGAGUGUUUGACAUCAUCAGGGAAAAGAAUCCAGACAUGGUUGCUGGCGAAAAGAAAAUUUUCAAAAUGCGCCCCCCACAAGUCCUUAAAGUCGGAACUAGGAAAUCAUCAUUUGCGAACUUUUCAGAUAUUUGUAGAUUCUUACACAGACAGCCAAAACAUGUCCUAGCGUUUUUGUUAGCAGAAUUGGGAACAAGUGGAUCUGUUGAUGGCAAUAAUCAACUUAUCAUAAGAGGAAAGUACAACCAGAAACAGAUUGAAAAUGUUCUUAGACGAUAUAUCAAGGAAUAUGUGACCUGUCACACCUGUCGAUCCCCCGACACCCUCCUUCAAAAGGACACGCGACUCUUCUUCCUACAGUGCGAGACGUGUGGAUCAAGGUGUUCCGUAGCCAGCAUCAAAUCAGGAUUCCAGGCCGUGACAGGCAAACGUGCUGCUAUCCGUGCUAAGACUGCAUAAAUUUAAAAAAUGGAAUAUAAAUACGUAGAAAAACAUUGUGUAACAAAACACACACAUCAAUAAUGGACAUACGGACAUCAUCGGUGGCGUCGAUUUCCAAUGAAGAAUUUAACACGACAGAUUUUGAGAUUCUAAUUCUUUCCAUCAUUUGAGUAAUUCAAAUUAAAAGUUUCAGUGAUUGUGCAUUCAUAGAGUACCAUAUUCCUGUGUUCAAACCAAUUUGUCCUUGGAAAUUCUGAGUAAAGUUUCAUAAAUCAGGUAAUGCAGCGAUCUGGAUAUCAGUAUAGCAGA